GCAGCAAGUCCCGGGGGCUGCGAAGCUAACGUGCCACCGCUCGUUGGGCCCCCUUGGUAAGGGCUAUGUGUCCCCCGCUCUGCCAUCGGGAGUGAAAUGACCCCAGCUGAUGCAAGCACUGGCUGAGCAUGGUCGCACGUUCCUUUCAUCCUAUCCCUUGAUUUUAAUCCCAGCACUCAGGAGGCAGAGGCAGGUGGAUCUCUACGAGUUUGAGGCCAGCCUGGGCUACAUUGAGAGCUCCAGGCCAGCUGGGGCUACACAGUGAGAUUUUGUCUCAAAACAUAAAAUAAAUAAAACGAAGAAGAUGACUGCAGAGAAUGCUACCAGAGUAUGGCAUUAUUAUUAUUAGUGAUGAUGAUUAUUAUUAUCUGUAAUGGGCAUGCUUUAUUUUAAUAUAAUCCACUUUAUAAUCAGAAAACAAUAUAAAAAGCCAUCUGACUUAAGCAACCAGUAACCCUGUUGUGGAGUUAGUUACCUGUGAGACAUGAAGAUAUCAAAUCUUGCUAGUCUUAUUUCUAAUUCAGGAAGGCAGCUGAAUUUAUGCACAGGGAUUUUUCUGGCUCUCCUCAUUCCAAGGUGAUUUUCCUAAUGGCUCAAUGUCCUUGAAUAGUUUUAAAACAUGAAUUUAGAAGUGCUUGCUUUUAGGUUACUGUGACCUACAGACAAUCCAAAUGUUUCACUUUUUACAAAAGAAAUGUGUAUGUGAAAGUCUUCAAAAAUAGAAGUAAUACACAAAGGCAAGCACUUUAUAAUCAGCUCUUUGUGUAAAUUAUGGUUUUAUUGACAGGAUCAGUAUCACAGUGCACAAAAGCAAAGACUGCCCUUUGGUGUGUGGCUGUGGUUGUGGCCACUGUUUGCAGAAACCACAUACCUGGGGUGUGACCGUGCUUCCUAGAGGACUCACAGUUUGCUCUUGCAAAUAGGCCAGGAUAGAACCCAGGAAAGCUGAAGUCUGGAACUGGUUUAGGCUAGUUAAGGCUAGUCAAAGGCAUUUUUAAUCUAACAGGUGCUUAUUAUGUUAGUCACCUUUCUGUCACUGUUAAAAGACAAAACCUGAAAAAGGUCCAGGCAAAUCCUAAAGGAGGAUCCGUGUCGGCUCACAGUUUCCAUUCAUGGGCAUUUGGCACCACUGUGCUCGGUUGGGCUUGUGGAGAGGCAGGGAACACACAGCAAAACAAAGCUGCUCAUUUAUGGGGGUCAGGGGGGUGCAGAGAGGGAGGCUUCAAAUAAAAUACACCCUUAUGGUGACCUUAUAUCUAAGCCCUGCCUCCUAAAGUCCCCACCACACCCAGCACACCUAUUAAACCUGAGUCCAUCAAUGGACUAAUCCUUGGAUGAGGUCAGAGCCAAAGGCCCCACCUCUCCGCCAUACUGCACUGGGUACCAUGCCUUCCACACAAGAGCUCUCAUGGUAUUCCACACUCAAACCAGAAUAUUUCCUGAGACGUCUAGCAGCAGAGAACUGUGCUUCGGGCAGCCAGGAACAAUGAUCCUUUGUUGUGCCUGGCACAUAGUUUAACAUGAAGUUUUGAUUCAUAACUCACUUGAUUGUCCAAGCCACCCUGUGAGGCAGGUAGACACACACACACACACACACACACACACACACACACACACACACACACACCCGCAAACCACCACCAUGUUAUAGUGGAGCUGAAGUUGCUUUCUCCACGUCACACAGUUUAUGAGUCAGUUCCAAAACCAGGAUAGGAUUCGGGGUCUCUGAACCCAGCCUCAGUGCUGUCUGAAUUCCCAGAUAGCCACUACCACCUGCGCAAACAGUAGGCACACAUCAGUGCUGGGCUGUACCGAUCUGCUGUUUAUUGAGUGCAAGGUGCAGGAGAAACCAAGAGGAGGGUGAUUGAUUUCUUCCUAGCCACACCCUCAGCACUAAUGGCAAGUCACCUCCUUAUUUCUGCCAUGUGGCUUUUGUGGGUGUUCACCUAAAGAAAACAAUGGUCCACAGAAGGCCAUCACCCUCUUCCUUUUUGUGUGCCGCGUUGCAUCUUGGUGUCUUUCAUCCUUUCCCCUUGCCUAGCUGUUGGAAUUGUCACUCUCUGGGUCUUUGUGUCUGUUCGCCCUUGACUUGGGUAGAUCUUGGUUUAUUCCCUAAAACUUUAUUUUUGUCUCUCUAUAAAAAAUAUAUUUAUUUUAUUUUUAAUUUUGUGUGUGUGGGAGUGCGCAUGCGUGUGAGUGUAGGUGCCCUCGGAGGCCAAAAGGGCUGCAGCUGGAGUUAUAGAUGGUUGUGAGCUGAACUCCUCAGGUCCCCUGCAAGAGUAGUGAGUGCUCUUGACCACUGCGCCAUCUCUCCAGCCCAGCUUGGUUUCUCUUGAUCAUCUUCCUGUCUCUUUAUCUCCUGGCCUCUUCCCAUCAGUUCAUUUUCUGGUCCUCCUUCCUACUCUGUCUCUGCUUCAUCAAUCCCCAAGUGACAAAGAAUGUGGCCCCAAACAAAAUAACUGACUGUAAGAUCCCAUGUUCUCUAUUAGGAUUUUUAAAGGAUAUAUGAAGGUGGUGGUGGCACACGCCUUUAAUCACAGCACUCGGGAGGCAGAGGCAGGCGGAUCUCUGUGAGUUUGAGGUCAGCCUGGGCUACCAAGUGAGUUCCAGGACAGUCAGGGCUACAAAACAAAACAACAACAAAAAGCAUAUGAAUGGAUGAGACCUCCAAGUUCUCAUUCUGGAGUUCAAAAUAAAGAUGUUUGUGUGUGAAUCUAAAUUGUUUCCUUGUAGGAGCUUUUUCCUGGACAGGAAGCUGAUCUCUUUGAUGAAGGGGAGUAGCCCACACAACACAUACAUGGUAGUCACCCGGGAAUUGGCAAAUAUUUCACAAGGAAACAGACUAUUCAGUUUAUGUCUGGGAAGCAGACAUGGGAAGAGUCUCUAUAUCCUGUCUGCUAAUGAUGUCCAAGCAGCCUAGUGGAAUGGGAUAGAACCAAAAAGGAAGACCACAUACCUCAGUGGUAGACUCCUGACUAAACUAGAUCUUCAUAAAUUUCCUGUUCAAAGAGUGGUGUUUGUGUGUGUGUGUGUGUGUGUGUGUGUGUGUGUGUGUGUGUGUGUGUGUGUGUGUGUGUGUGUGUCUAUGGAGGCCAGAAGACAAUCUCAAAUGUCAUUCCUAAAGCGCUUUUCAGCUUGUGGGUUUUUUUGUUUGUUUGUUUGUUUUUGUUUUUGUUUUUUCGAGACAGGGUUUCUCCAUGUAGUUUUAGUGCCUAUCCUGGAUCUCUGUAGGCCUCUGUAGACCAGGCUGGCCUCUAACUCUCCUUGCUCUGCCUCCCGAGUGCUGGGAUUAAAGGCCACCACUCCCCGGCCUCAGCUUCUGUUUUUAAGACAGGUUCUCUCAUUGGCCCAGGCCUCUCUGAUUGUCCUGAAAGUCCCAGGGAUCUGCUUGGCCACCCCUCCAGAGCUGGGGCUUCCAGCUCACUACCAUGCCUAGUUGAUGUCUGUCAGGGGCUCUGAGGAUAGGAUUCAGGUCCUUAUACUUAUGCAACAGGUACUUUACACUUUACCAAGCUGUCUCCCCAGCCCCGGUAAGACUUUGAGUCUGGUAAAGGAGCCUUAACUUAGCAUCUAGCAUCCAAGUUUCAGCCUUGCUUUUUUUGAAAGUCUUAUUAUAUGGCCCCAGCUCACCUGCUGUGUAUUUCAAGCUUGCCUUGAACUUACUGCAAUCCUUCUGCCUCAGCCUCCCAAGUGCUAGGAUUACAAGUGUGUACCAUCGAAUCUGACCCAGAUUUCACUCUGGAAACCCAUACAAGCAGCAAAUUGUAAACUUCAGCAAUCCUACCACUGUGGUGUGAAGCUGUUGAAAUAACCCUAGAAGUCAAAUCAGAAGGUCCAGGUUUUACCUGGAGUCCUUUCAUUUCACAGGAUGGCAAGUCAGCUUCCCAUCCACAUUGGGGUUUCUUUGCGUACAAAAAGUCAUUAAUAACAUGCUCAGCUUUAGUGUUAAUGGUAAUAUUUGGGCUGGGGGCGUGCUGUGCAAGCAUGAUGACCUGCGUUUGAAUCCCCAGCCCCCACACAGAAAGGCGGGUGUGGCUGUGGACGCCUCUAACCCCAGGGCUGUUGGAGGUGGAAGCAGGAGGAUUACUGGGAUUGCUGGCAGCCAGCCUCACUCCAGGUUCAAUAAGAGGUCCUGUCUCAAAGAAAUACGGCAGAAAGCCAUAGGGCAGGCCUCUGGCUGCAUGCCUGUGUGUUCCGUGGGCACACACACUACACAUAUGCACAUCUUAAAAGUAGCAUUUGAGCCCCGAAACUCCAUGUCCCACACUGAAACUUGCAAGUAAACAAUGAGGAACGGUAGUUUUGUAGUUAUUACUCUGAAACCAUAUUGAGAAAGAGUAUUACUCUCCUUUAUCAAGUUUGUAAGCAAUAUAGUCAUUAAGCACCACGUUAACCUUGAAGGUAGACAGUGCUAAACUCAGCCCCAGCUCUGCUGCCAGCAAUGUGACCCGGAGUAAGUUUUAAAUUGCUCUGGUCUGACUCUCACUCCCCUCCCCUCUCACACACAGUAACAGGUUUGAGGAUUUAAUUAAUGCAUGCAAAGUGUUUGAUGUGGUGCCUAGCAUACAGUAUAGUUCUCAACAUACAGUUUAAAAAUAUCAUUUAUUGAAUCCUUGAGAGGUGCCAUGCUUAAUUUGGGAUAUAAAAUACAAAGACAGCUCUGGGGAGGCAGAGGCAGGCAGAUCUCUGAGUUUGAGCCCAACCUGGUCUACGUAGCAAAUUCCAGGCUAGCCAGGGCUACAUUUUAGAGAGACCAUAUCUAAGAAAAAAAAAAAAAAAAACGCCCAUUAGAAAAUGAAUUUAUGGGGGCUGGAGAGAUGGCUCAAUGGUUAAGAGCACUAGCUGCUCUUCCAGAGGACCCAGGUUUAAUUCCCAGCACCCACAUGGCAGCUCACAACUGUCUGUCCCAGGGGAUUCAACACCCUCAUACAGACCUACAUGCAAGCAAAACACCAAUGUACAUAAAAAUAAAUAAAUUUUAAAAAAUAAAGUGAAUUUAUAAACCUACCUGGAAGAACACAGAAAUCUUUGUGGAGGAGGAAAUGUUGGACAAGACUUGAAGUGGGCUGGGAGGAUAGCCCAGUGGGUGAGCACAUGCCUGACAAGGGCAAGACUCAGGGUUAGAGACACAACAUGGGGGAAGCAUUGGAGGAUGAGCGGAUAAGCAGCAUCUUAAAAUUACUUAUUUAUUUGUUUGUUUAUUUAUUUAUAGUUUGGUGCUCCCUCCUCCCCUUCCCUUAGGGCUUGGUACUUUUGGUUCAGCUUUAUCAUUUUCCCACAAGGCUUUGAUUACUGGAAAGUCAAGUUCACAUUAAUGUUUGCUGGCUUUACAGUGAAUCGAUCUAAACAUUGUGGUGACUUCCUUGGGCACAAUGUUGGAAACUGAUUUUUCUCCUGUUUCCAUAUAUGAAACAUCUAUUGCUGUGUAUUCAUUUCAUGAAGGCAUCUUAAGAGUUUAGUGAAGAGCCUCCUGUGUGGAGGACGGUCCUGACUACUGGACAUUUUUAGCAUACUUGUUACAUGUUGCUAAUCUCUCCGAGCCAAGGCACAGAGGAUUUAGAACCACUCAUCACUGGGGGAGCUGGAGGUGACCAGGAGGCAUGGAUAGUGACUAGAAAGGGGGAUGGGCAAAGAUGUUUCCUGGAGAGAAUGGAAAGUUUACAGAUAGAUGUACUUUGUUCACAUGAGAGUCUUUUUUGUGAGGCACCCUGGUCCCAAACUGGAGUCCUUUUCAUCUACCAUUUAUGUUAGCUGUGAACUGGAGAAGCAGAGAUGCAGCCUGCCCUAAGGCAAUGAAAGUCCUGAUUCUCUUUGAGUUUUGUUACCUUAGUGUCAACUAAAUUCGCAUUAGCAACAUGUAGGGAGAUAUGAAGAGUUGUCUUCUCCCAAAUGAUUACAGCCCAGUAAUAGUAAAAAUAAGAAGAGAAAUUACCUUUUAAAGUUGAGAAAAUCUGACUCAAUAAUCAAUUAUAUACAAAUUGAAACAAGCAAAAGCUAUGUUCGCUAUAUUUCUACACCAUUAACUGAAUGUUAAUUUAUUGGCAUCUAUCAGAAACCAUCUGCUAUUAAUUUCAUAGAGGUCCCAGUAUCACAAGAAUUAAGAGUUGGAAAAGCCUUGAAGGGCUUGUAUUCAGCUUCUUCCUCGUUCACAAAGGAGGAAAUCGUGGUCCAGCUCAGAGAGGCUGAGCUCAGUUGUUCUGUCAAACCUCUCUAAGGAGACUUUAGAGAGCAUUUUUCAUGAUGGUGAUUUGAAGAGACCUGUAGUACCUUUCGAUUGUCCUGGGCAUUAAUUGAAUCCUAACACCCACCCCCUCUCCCCACACAUUUAAGUUAGAAGCUACAAACCAAAGCAGUUUCUCUCCUAAGAGAGUCCUGUCGGCGAUACUGAACCGGCUGGACCGUCCUGCGAGUUUCAAGGUGCUAAGCUAAAGUGGAAUCACCUAGCCCAAGAACUGUUAAAUAAGGACACAGCUGUCAUCCUCUGCACAGUUACACAGUUACCAAGACUCAGGUAGUAUUUGGGUCCAAAGCCAAGAGGUCUACAAGUACCACAGCAGGAAGGGAGGAACGCAGGCUUUCAAGCCUUCUUGGCGAUUCCAAAGAAGCCACUCCCUGAUGGGCAGGAAGGCCAUUUAAACUCCCUUUGGAAGCCACGAUAGGAUGCUCGGUGGAUCGGUGGAUGAGGGAGGGCAGGCGGCCACAACCCGCCCGAUCCUCCCUGGCGCUCAUCGCGCCCGCCCGGGUGCACGUCCUGCAGGGAGGCCCCUGCACGCGCCCGCGGUGACAGACAGGGGACUCGGCAGCCUCGCAACUAGACCCCGCCCCAGCUCCUGCCCGCGCCUAUCGCGGCCGGCGCGCUGGUCACGCGGGGCAGCGCCGGGGGCUGGCGGCCAGUGCCGGCGGGGCCCGAGUGGCGGCGGCCGGGCGGAGCGGGAGGAGGUUAGAAAUAGGGAGAGCGGGCCGCGCCGCCGAGCCGCCAGCCCCGAGCACGCUGCGCAGCGAGCGGCCGCACUCGCACCCGCACCGAUGCUGCUGACGCUGGCCAGCGGCGCGCUCUUCUUCCCGGGGCUCUUCGCGCUCAGCACCUGGGCGCUGCGCCGCUCGCGGCCGGGAUGGACGGACAACGACUGCCUGACGGUCGGCACCAGGCUGGUGUCCUCGGUGCAAGCAGUGCUGGCCACCGGGGCGGGGCUCAUCAUCAUCUGCUCCUGCAGCGACGUGGUCACAGACAGGUGCCGCGCUUGCUUUUCCUUUGCUCAAGAUAAUGAAGAGGUUUCUGGUGCCUUCAGAAAACGGACACGUUUGUGCCCAAAGUCAGGCCAGAAAAUGGACGUCUGUGACGCUUCAGUGAGAUGAAUAAAGACCAGAAGGGGCUAUCCUAUUUAAACCUGGGGAGUGGUGUUGCUUUUGUUUUAUCUGUAAACCUGACCAGCUUGGAACUUGUGGCACUCCUCCUCCAUCUGUAUCCUCAGAGCAGAAGAGCAGAUAUGUGCCACCACAUCAGGAUGUUUUUAUUUAUUUAUCUGUCUUCCCGCUUGGCUCUUUGAACCACUCUUUUCUCUUCCGAGAAGCUCAAGGGUGACAGGCAGGUGUCCAGGGACAGUUGGGUGGCCUUUCCCGAUUUUCCACCUUGCAGUGUCCUGUUUCCCUGCUGGAAGAGGAACCAGAAAGAGACUGUCUCAUGGUGGCCUGGGAUCUUACUGGGGUUUGAUCUUGCCGGCACCAUUUCAUGUUUUUCCUCUUAUGUCUCUUCUUUCUGAAACAGUGUCUCGUUAUGUAGUUUGGACUGGCCUCGACUCACGGAGAUCCGCUUGCCUCUGCCUCCUCGGUGCUGGGAUUGAAGGUGUGGUCCGCCAUGCCUGCUCUUGGCAGUCGCUCCACCUGAAAUGGCUCUGAGAAGCAGUGAGUCCCGUUGACGGGCAUUAGAACAGGUCUUAAAUCUUUGGGCCCUGAGAAACGCUGGCUAAUCAGUUUGCCUACAAGUGUCAUUAUUAUUUAUGUGCCAUUAUUAUUUCCCUCUAUUCCAUUCUUUUUUGAUUGAGCUGAGCUGUGAUAAAUGUGGAGCUAAUUCAGGAACAGAAUUAGCACCCUCUCUAGCUUGGCACCCUCACAUGGCAUCCUCUCUAGCUUCCCGGUGCUGCAGUUCAGUGGACUGGCUCCUUGGAAAAUCACUGGAGACAAGGUGAAACAUACAGAUUGGACCCUAGACAUGGGUUUAGACUCUCUGGGGAACAGAGUGCUUCACAAGCACUUCAGGUGACCUGGUGGUUAGGUAGUUUGAGAACUGUAUACUGAGUUUCCUCUUCUAACACGGUUGCUCAAAAAUUUACUAAACAAGCCGGGCGGUGGUGACGCAUGCCUUUAAUCCCAGCACUCGGGAGGCAGAGGCAGGCGAAUCUUUGUGAGUUCGAGGCCAGCCUGAUCUGCAAAGCGAGUUCCAGGAAAGGCACAAAGCUACACAGAGAAACCCUGUCUCGAAAAACCAUGAAAAUAAACCAAAAACAAACAAAAAAAAUUUACUAAACAAAUCUAAUCCUCCCUAGCAUAGGGCAGAUUCCAAUUUAAAUGUUUCUUUAUAUGAAGUUUUUGUGUGAUGUUGGUAAGUGCAGACAUCGUCCUUCCUGUGUAUGCUGGAACAGUAACAAAACAUCAUUUUGGCUCAGCAAAUGUUGUUUCACUCCUACUGGGCAAGUUAUAGGAACACAUAUAUGCCCCAGAUCAGGCCAGGAAAUGGACCUCUUCUGUUCCAGCCUCUCUUGGUAUUUAGUUGCUGUGUUGUGGUCCUUGAAGUCCAAACCUAUUUCUAUGCACACUUUUCUUUUUAAAGUAAAUUUAAUUCAUUUAGUGUGUGCGUGCACACGAACCGUGUUGUACUUGUGGAGGUCAGGCAACUUGCAGGAAAUGACUCUCUCCUUUCAUCACGUAGGUCCUGGAGAUUGAACUCAGGGGUCGUCAGGCAAACAUCUUAACCCACUAGGCCACAUCUAGCUGGUCCCAUACUUUUAUGAAUGAAUGGAAUCCACAGUUAACCAUAGAUAAGGAAAGAACAUGGCCAGGGUGCUUUCUACAAAUUGUCUACAGUGGGGCAUUCAGAAGCAAGAGAAAAUGUGUAGAUCUAGAAGUUAAACUCUGAAACUGCCAACUGUUGAGCAACUGAGGAGUUAAACUGGAAAGGUUGGACUUGUGAUUUAGAAGACCUUCCAAACCAGUUCCUUGGUGGAGCUGCUGAAUCACUGGGAAGUUUAUCUCCAUCGAAGUCAGUUUCUAUCAAAAAACUCGAAGUCUGUAGAUAAGUGGCGGAACCAGGCGAAGAGUUACAGUAAACCACCCGUAUAUCCAGGCAGAAUGGAUGCCUGCUUUUUACCCUCGACCCUCACGAGUUUGCUUCGUAAUUUAGAGAUACCCUCCUUAACAGAACACCCUCUUCACUGGGAAGGGCCCAAAGGAAUAGCUGAUUGAGAACAGAACUGAAGAGAGCCAGUGAAGAGACCGACUUUGUGCUCCAUCACUGACAUCCAUGGCUAUUUUGUCUGUCCCUGUGCUUUC